AUGGGCUUGAAGACGGGGCUGGGUGGCCGGCUCGCAGACCGCCCAGGAGCAGCAUGGGCGGCAGCGGCUGGGCCGCUGGUGCGCAAGCGCCUGCCCGCCCACCUGCCCGUGGGGGCGGGCACAAUUAGGGUUAUUGUGAAAGUAACCCGUAAUAAUGAAAUAGAUCCUCAUACUGGCACAAAUAUAUUCCGUGUGCUUGAAAAUAGCGGCAUUGGCACUGUGGUUGGAAGAGUCGCCUUUACAGAUGAAGACUGGCCAUUCAAUAAUUUGAAGUACACAAUUGUUGGCGAUGGUGCAGGACAUCCUCCUAAAUUUUACAUAGAGCCAGACACAGGUAUUAUAAAAGUUUUGAACAUGCUUGAUAGAGAAACUCAGUCUCAGUAUUUUCUCUGGGUGAAAGCUAUUGACCUGGACAAUGAUAUUGAACCAGACCCCAUCCGGCAGAGAUCCAGCAUUGCCAUGGUCACAGUCUACAUUCUGGUAAGUAAAGGGUUUGUUUGGGGAAGUUUGGAGCAUUUGAUUCUAUAUGCGCUAGGGGUGCAGAGCAUCCGGGUGCCAGGCUCUCAGAGGCUCCAGGCCAAGAGUCCGGGGCCCGAGAGUUGA